GAAUUGUCUUAAAAAGCUAUAUAUAGAGAGUGAAUAUGAGAGAGUAGUCAUCAUCAAUGGUAUAUCCCAUCCAUCCCAUGAUGGCAGAAGUAGAAGAAGUAGGCCAACAGUACUACCCUUCCAGCACCGAAUCCACACUCAUGGCCGCCCUCUCCACCCUCUCCCCCUCCCAACUCUCCGACCUCACCCUCUCCAUCUCCGAAUUCUUCCGCCUCCAACGCCGCCGCAUCUCCGCCGUCCUCUCCUCCCCGCCCCUCUUCUCCCUCACCCUCCACCACCUCCUCUCCCUCUCCCUCCCCCACAAGUCCCUCCUCAUCGCCCGCCACCUCCUCUUCGCCCUCUCCCUCCUCGCCCGCCCCCUCUCGGCCACCCCUCCUCUGCCCGCAGCCAAGCUCCGCGACCUCGACUCCGCCCUCCUCCUCCUCCUCCUCUCCGAGCUCCACCACCACUUCCCCCACGCCCUCCAAGCCCCGCCGUCAAAAUGGCCGCUCCUCCUCUCCAACUACCUGAUCUCCCACACAAUGCUGGCUCUGUCCACCUUUUCGACCUCCAACAGCGCCGUUUUGGUUCAGUACGUCGACGUGGUGGCCAAGGGCAUGACGUUUGUCGGCGGCGGGAAGGAGGGGCGGGAGGUGGCGGCUGCUGCGGCAGCGGCCGUAGUGGCUCUGCCCUCGGCGGAAGUCAGUGGAGUGGGGAGGGUAGAAGAGUACUGUGUGAUUUGCAAAGAAGAGAUGAGAGAAGGAAGAGACGUCUGUAAAUUGCCAUGCGAUCACUUGUUCCAUUGGAUGUGCAUAUUGCCGUGGCUGAAGAAUAGGAACACCUGCCCUUGUUGCCGGUAUCAGCUUCCGACCGACGACGUUUUCGGCGAGAUCCACCGGCUGUGGGAGGUCGUCGUCAACGCUGCCGGCGGCAGGAAAUUCUCAUCCGGCCGGUAAUAAUAUUUUAUAAUAUUCUAGCUAGGAAUCAGAUGGACGAGGAGGAGAUCUUGAUGGAUCAUCAUCAUGGCAUGGCAUGGCACCAAUCAUACACUACAUAUAUAUAUAUACUGUAGACUGCCAACGAAAAUUGAUGUACGUACACAAAACUGCCAUCUUCCAUUAGCAGUAAUAAUUAUAAUUCUACACUUAACAAGUG